AUGGAUCACCUGGGCGCAUACGAGCGUGCGUAUAUAGAUCCUUCGGGGCCUUCAAAUACCGCACACCGCACUCCUUUCUCGUUUCAGUUCCCAGAGAAUCAAUGGGAAAGAAUCUCUGAGAUAAUUUCUCGUUUCCUGUUGCGCGCAAGAAACGAGGAGGAGGAGGAGGAGGAGGUGGCGGCGGCGGUGGCGGGGGGGGCGGCGAUCGAAGAAGGAGCGAAGGAUGAAGGAGGAGGAUGCAAAGAGACGAAGAAAGAAGGAGGCGGAGGACCCAUCAACGUCGUUCUCAAGGUCGACAUGCAUUGCGAUGGCUGCUGUGAUGAGGUCAGGAAAACUCUCAGAGGAGUUUUAGGUGUAGAGAAAGUGACGGCGGACAUCGAAAGCAACAAGCUCACCGUAAUUGGGAAAGUGGACCCAAUAAAGAUCCGCGAUCUGGUUCAGAGCAAAAGCCGCAAGAAAGUGGAGCUCAUCUCGCCUCAACCAAAGAAGAACAAGGACGGCAAGAAGGAGGACGCUCCCGAGUCCAAAGAGCCUUCAUUGGUGACCGUGGAGUUAAAAAUUCGGUUGCACUGCGAGGGUUGCACUAAGAAAAUCAGAAAGAAAAUUAUGGGUAUUAAAGGAGUGGCAAGUUUGUCCAUGGACCCUGCAAAGGACCAGGUCACGGUGAAAGGGAUCAUGGAUGUGAAGAGCUUAGUCGGUACUCUGAAGGAGAAGAUGAAGAGGCCGGUGGAGAUUAUUCCACCCAAGAAAGAGAAGGGGUGUGAUGGCAAAGGCCGCGAUAAUGGCGGCAACAAGAAGAAGAAGGAAGAGGAGGCGAAGGGAUAUUGUGAGGGUAAGAAGGUCGAGUACUGCUACGGGGGGGACUAUAUCUGCCCUGAAUUAUACAUGGAGAUGGUGCAUGCUCCUCAGCUCUUCAGCGAUGAGAACCCUAACGCCUGCUUCAUCAUGUGACUUUAGCCACACGUCAAUAGGCUUCGAGUAUACUUAGUGUCCUGAAACUGUAGAUAAGAAGAGGGAGAUGAAGAUUUGUUAUGUAGAGAUUUCUUGGCGACUCGGUUUUGAUAUGCAAAAUGGAGACUGGUCA